GACGCGCAGGACGAGUGCAAGGAGAAGGGGCUGCCCUGGACCCUGGCCAAGGCCUUCGACACGUCGUGCCCCGUCAGCGAGUUCGUGCCCAAGGAGCGGAUCGCCGACCCGCACAAGCUGAAGAUCUGGCUCAAGGUGAACGGGGAGCUGAGGCAGGAGGGGGACACGUCGUCCAUGAUCUUCUCCAUCCCCUACCUCAUCAGCUACAUCAGCGAGAUCAUCACGCUGGAGGAAGGCGACGUGAUCCUGACGGGGACGCCCAAAGGCGUUGGGUGCGUGGAGGUGAACGAUGAGAUGGAGGCUGGCAUCGGCGACAUCCUGUCCAUGCGCUUCACGGUGGCGCAGCAGAC